GCUGAUGUGGUGAUCAUGGCUGAGGAUGUGGCCGUGUCAGAGAUCUUAACAGAUGGUCUCACUCUGCUGGUGAACAUGGGCAAAGUUCUCCUGCAGAACGCCAAGGAGGAGGCAGCAGACUCUUUGGAGAAUUUUGUCCCACAUAAAAUCACCACUUUAUUUGGCCUGAUCACAGCUGGAGCUAGAUUCUACAGCAGCAUUGAAGUUAAAAAGAAAUGUGAAGCGGAGGCUGUUUGGCAGAAGUCUUAUCACCAUGCAGCAGUGAGAGAGCAGGUGCAAGAGCUUCAGCAGCUGGAGAAAGAAUGGGACUCUUUCCUGGAGAGUGUGGACAAAGAUCUGCAGACAACAGAUGUGCAGCUGUCUGGAGGAAAGACGGCCGACAGUCUGAGCCCAGAUACUCUAUUCACCGAUGGAAGAAGUGGAAGGAGUGUGACUCUCAGUCAGUACCUGGGUCAGGGUCAGAACCUGCUGCUGGUUCUCCUCAGACAUUUUGGAUGACUGCUGUGACGAGACCACGUGACCGAGCUGAAGGCCAAUCAGGUGUACAGAAGUUUUGGCCUUGGCUCAUCCUACGCCAAGGUGAUGAAGUUUGGCUGCCUGCUACAAUACUCAGAAUACGUAGUUGCAAACAUAGACUUCCCAGAUUUCCCCCAUCGUCUGCUGGAAGACAUCUACCAGCUAGGAGGUGACUUUUUGCUGGACAGUGCAGGGAAGGUACUUCUCUCUCAUCCAUCUAAAAACCCUCUGGACAGGCCGACCGUGGAAGACGUCUUGCAGACCGUGGACUCCGCAGGACAGUCCACUAACUCUGCUCACAAGCAGAAGCUGUGAAAUUCAUUCAAACACAGCCUCAGGGGUACAAGUCGCUAAACGCAUCGCUGACUCCUCACAGCAAGCGCAGCUCUUUGGCUCGCGUUCAUGACGUCACACCUUACACUCAUGACAUCAUGAAGGGGUGCGACUGAUGUUCCAGCGCGAGGCAGAGACAUCUGCUCUUCUGUGUUGCGUCAGCGUGACGAUGCAGCAUUUUAAAUAAAGUAGUGGAUUUAAUUAAAACAGAAUUUAACAAUAUAUUUGUAUUAUUUAAAGUUAACAAAGACUGAUGAUUUGUUUCAGAAAUUUUACCUUUUAAAGGUGCAUUUAACAGGUUUGGAUUUUAGUGACCUCAAGUGACAGUGAAAGGUAACACAGUUUGAAUUACAUCAUUACCCACAAAUCAGACAGUGAUAUGACACUACUGCAAAAACAUUUUUAUAACAUAUUAUCUAUGAUCCAUGAGUAGUUUGAUGAUAAAAUCACUACCAAGAUAAGGCUCAACUCAUUUUAGUCCACUGAUUUAGUAGUACUAUUUUAAAAAAAAAAGAAAAGCACCACGCCUUACGAGUGAAGCAAAUCUCCCUUUUACCUGUUGAACAUGUUGAACAAACUAUAAUCAACCUUUAGUAAAGAUUUUUUUAAAAAAA